UGAGCCUGUAUAAACCAGGGUUCGUAAUGAUCAUUUCUGAGGGAAUUGAAAACAGCAAAAGCGGUAUAUAGUAUAAUAGUUUGUCUGAAUUUGUGGUCAAAACAUAAUGGAGCUGUUAGGAUUGGACUUGUCCGUGACAUGGCUGCUGGUCAUUGGGCUCGUUCUUGUGUCAGUUUGGUAUGAUUGGUGGUGUCACCAUUAUUUCCAGAGGCGUGGCAUCCCUGUAGCCGACUACAUUCCUUUCUUUGGGAACCUACUGCAAUUUCGUCAUGGAAUCCAGGAGACUUUCACCGAGUACGUGAAGAAGCACGGAAGAGUCGUCGGGACGUAUAGUUUCCGACAUCCAUUUCUGAUCAUCACUGAUCCUGACAUUUUGAAAAAUGUCUUGGUCAAGAAUUUCGCCAGUUUCUACAACAGGAGGAAAUUACCACUUGCGCAAAAGCCCUUGAACAGAGGCUUGACUCAGCUUGUGAAUGAAGAAUGGAAAGAGAUACGCAACGUCAUCACUCCGUCAUUCAGUGCCUCGAAAUCUUACCAGAUGUCGGAGACGAUCAAUGAAUGUUGUGAUACCUUGGUGGCAAGUUUCAGCAAGGCCCAGGAGGGAGGAAAAGCCGUCGACUGCAGAGUGUUGUUUGGUGGUUUCACCAUGGACGCCAUUGCGAGUUGUGGAUUCGGCCUCAAAGUUGACUCCCAGCAGAACAAGGAUGAUCCUUUCGUCAAGAACGCAAAGAAGGCCUUCGAUUUCAACCUGUUCAGUCCCGUCUUCAUGAUCAUCGCCGUCUUUCCUGCACUGGAACCCAUCUUCAGUUAUCUCAAAUACGACAUGUUCGACCCGGAAGUUAUGAAAUUUUUCAUGAACGUCACGGAGGCCGCGUGCAACAUGCGCAAACAGGAGGGUCAGAAUGCGUCAAAGCACAUCGAUUUGUUGCAGCUGAUGCUGAACGCCCACGAGGACGAGGAACACGAGGAGGAAGACAUGCCCACCACAGAGAGCGGUCAGAACAAGGGCGCCGCCCAUCGCAGACCACUGUCAACAGUGGACGUCAUGGCACAGGCUAUCACCUUUUUCCUGGCUGGUUACGAGACUACCAACACGCUGCUGAGCUUCACUGCCUACCUGCUGGCUACCAACCAAGACACGCAAGAGAAACUGCACGCUGAGAUUGACAACCUCGCUCCCACACGUGACAACCUCGGCUAUGACGUCAUCAGCAAGAUGGAGUACCUGGACAUGGUGAUCAAUGAAUCACUGCGCAUGUAUCCCCCAGCAGUCGUAUUUGAUCGUAUGUGCAAUGAGACAAUUACCUACGAAGGUCUUACCAUCGAAAAGGGUAUGAUCGUGUUCGUCAGUCUCUGGACUUUACAUUACGACGAGGAAUUCUGGCCAAAUCCGACCAAAUUUGACCCGGAAAGGUUCAGCCCUGAGAACAAGGCCUCCAUCAAACCGUGCACCUACAUGCCGUUCGGCUCUGGUCCUCGUAACUGCAUCGGUAUGCGCUUUGCCUUGCUGGAAGCCAAGAUGGCGCUGGUCCGUGUGCUGCAGCAGUGUCGUUUUGAUGUCUGCUCAGAAACCGAGAUCCCACCCAAGCUUGGUAAGAUGGGCUUCCUUGCUCCGAAGAGUCUGAAGCUCAGUGCAGUCCCAAGAAACUAGGCAGCAACCACGGAGGAUAGAAAGAGAGAAAUCUCUAUGAUGUCUGCCUUGAGAUGAUUGCAACAAGACGUUCAUGUUGCGUCUCAUUAUUUUGUUCACCAAUCACUCAUUUGGCAAUUGGGUAGGGUUAUGGCAUUUGUGCCACUUUUGUGGAAAUAAUAGCAUCAAGUUAAUUUGGAUCUUUACACUUCGAUAUUGAAUGCAAAACUAAGUAAGGUCUAUAUUUUGUUUUUGCGAAUAAUUUUUUGUGCAAAGCUUAUAAUGUGACGAUGAUAAAUAUUAGCUUCUGUCAAUGUGUUUUGCUCGUCAAAGCAACAUAGAAUUGGUUAGUGGAAAUCUUUCUUAGUUGUUUGCUUUUACGAGUAAUUGUCGUAGUUAUUGAGUUUCGUGUGCCUGACAGCAGAGCGCGUGCGGCGGCAUUUCCGGCGGAAAUUAAUACGAGUUGUUCCAAAAACUAUGAUUUAAACGUAAGCCAAAUUUAAAAUUCGUUAGAUAUAUAAUACCUGUGGAAGAACGUGGAUUGAUUGUACUCGUGGGGGAGCACUCUUUUGGAGCCUUUAAAUGCAAUUUUCUUGCAGUGGUUUUUUUCGCGUCAGAUCUAACGAUCUAUGUUCUUCUGCCCGGCACCUGACGUGUUAUAUAGUAAAUCUUCUUUAGACUGAGGUAUCUGUUUUGAAAUCAUGUUUUAGGGAAACCAGAGUAAAUUUCGUGUCAAACAAGAACAGAUUAAAUUCCCCCCCAAAAAGUUUAUUUUAAAAUGCCUUUAUUAAAUUGCUGAAAUAGAUAUGCAAAGGGGCAUAAUAUAUAGGUUGAAAUAUGUAUUUCAGUUGUGUUCCUUCUCAGAUAUAUUUUAAUGAAAUUUUCUAUUUUUGGUGCAAGUUUUGUGAUAAGUUGUACUAUUCGGCAUGAGUUUCAGCACUUUGAUAAAAUAUCGCCAUUUUAGUGCCUUUCUGAAGUUUAAUGGGUGGAAAUAAGUUACGCCCCUUCACAGUAACAAAGCUAAUGCUAAGAGUAAUAUUUACUGAUCUUUACAUUUCUAUACAUCCGAUGUUUAUAUUUAUAGAUCUUCAACAUAAUGCCUUUUGACAUCACUUCGUUGUUUUAGUAGUGUUAAUGAGUUAAGGGUCAGAUCGACGCCAAGUAUUGUUCGAUUUUCAAAUAGAUGUUAAAAAUUCAUAUGCAACAAGAAACUUAUGACAACUACACAGUGUACUUACACAUAAAUGCUAAUGUACUUUUACCGUGCUUGGCUCUCAAUAAACGUAUCUUUGC